GUCCCAAAAAGAAAGAAAAAAAGAGGAGGAAGAAGGGGGAAAGGAGAGGGAGGGGAAAAAGAGGCGGAAGGAGGGAAAGAAGAGAGAGGAGAGCAGCCCAAAGGAAAGAAAGAAGGAAGGAAGGAAGGAAGGAAGGAGCAGAGGCAGAAAGCAAGGAAGCAAGGAAGGAGUCUCGCCAUGUGUGUCCGGGGCUCGGACUGAAGGGCCAGGGAGGGGGCCAUGCCAUGCCCGCGCUGAAGCCAUGCCCGGGCUGGUGCCUCCUGUGCUGCCUGCUGGGAGGGGGGCUGGCCCCGGGCCCCGUGGACGCCGGAGGGCCCCGAGGAGGAGGAGGAGGGGGCGGCGGAGGAGGAGGCGGAGGCGGCGGGGGCUGCCAGCCCUGUCCCCCCGACUGCAGCUGCAGGAGCCUCCCCGCCCUCGCCAACGCCUGCGCCCUGGACUGCGCCAACAAGGGCUGGCCCCGCUUCCCGCCCUCGGGGGGGCCCUUCCCCGCCAACGCCGCCUCCCUGAAUCUUUCCAGCAACAAAAUCACAGUUUUGAACCCAGAGGCAUUUGAGUAUCUCACGUCCCUGAAAAAAUUAGAUAUCAGCCACAACAGAAUUUCUACCUUAGAAGAAGGAAUAUUUGAUAAUUUAUUUAAUUUAAGCGAAAUAAACCUCAGUGGCAACCCCUUUGUCUGCAACUGCAGCCUGGCCUGGCUCCCUCGGUGGCUGGAAGAGCGAAACGUCCGAGUCGCCCACCGAUCCGCCACCCGAUGCGCCCUCCCUCCGGAGUUGGCCGGAGCGCCCCUCUUCAACCUGUCAUUCACUGACGUCACCUGCGAAGGUGGCCACAUUGGGUGCCUGACUGACAACCAGACCGGGUUGGCCGAUGCCGUCGUCCGCUUCACCACCCAAUUCUUCCCGAACUUGACGCAAGAUGCUUGCAGCGCCCAUUGCUAUAGAGAAGGCUUGGAGUACGGAGGCUUCAGCGAGGAAUCCGAUUGCUUGUGUGGCGAUGCCCUCGAGCCCAACUCUUCCGUGGGAUGCCUGCCGUUCUGUGCCGAAUUUCCCGCUGGACCCUCGUGCGGCGGACCCUCCGUGGUGCCCGGCAUCUUCCCGUCCCAAUUGUCCAUCUCCGUCCAUGGACCAACAUCCCCCGUGGGCCUUUUCCAAGAGGCGCCCUUUGAGCUCCACGCCCCCAUUGCCCUCGGCUUCCUGGAGUGGGACUUCGGGGACCGGACGGGGCGUUUGAACGCCACCAAGGCCUCCGUCCGCCAUAGAUACACGUCACCGGGGCGCUACAACGUCACAGCCACCGCCUUUAGCGGUAGCCGAUUGACCACGGCCUGGGCAGAAGUAGAAGUGGUGUCUCCCCCUGAAGAGAUCGAGCUCCAAUGCCCUGCUUUGGUGAAGACGAAUGAAAGUUUGGAUCUGCGGACGAGGAACCGAGGGGGGACCGGGCUCUCCGUGGUUUACAGCAUCACGGCACCAUCCGGAAACGCGGUUUUCCCGGCGUGUCCCGUGGAGAGCGUCUCCUUCCCCGGGAACGGCCAUUGCUAUUGGCUGGUGGCGGAGAAAGCCGAGUGGCAGGAGGCCCAGCAGCGCUGCCAGGACUACGGGCGCGGGCACCUGGCCUUCGUCAGCAGCCCCGAAAUCCAGAAUUUCUUGGUCUCCCGGGUCACCAGGAGCCUGGACGUCUGGAUCGGGUUCAACGACGCGGCAUCCGGGCCCAGUGGCGCUUCGCCUGGCGAGGAGGGCUUUGACCUGCAGAGCUGCCAGAACUGGCUCCCCGGGGAGCCCCACCCCUCCAACGCCGACCACUGCGUGCGCAUGGGCCCCGCCGGGCAGUGCAACACCGACCUCUGCACCGCCAAGCACAGCUACCUCUGCGAGCACAAGCCCCCAGAGAUAGUUUUAAAUGCUGAGCAUUUCUACCUGGGCGCCCAUGCGUUCGAAUCCUACCUGCCGACGGGAAACGUCACCGAAACGGAGGAGCUCUCGGCACCACUGGGAACUAUAGAGACCUUAGUGUUUCCCAUGUUGACGUCCCCAAGAGAAGGAUUUCUAUUGGCUUUGGAGCUGGCGACUCGGGAGUUGCAGCGCCGCGUCCAGGUCCGCUUCCGUUUGCACCAUCCGGCGCAUGGAGAAGGGUGCAAGGAAGACUGGAACGGCACGGAUCCCUUGCAAGAGAUGCAGCUGCAAAUGGACUGUCCAUCCGGGUCCCAUUGGUGCCAACUGACCAACUCCUGCCUGCCCCUUGGAGGAUGCUGCAACAAAUUCGAAUCCUGUGCCAACAGCUCAAUGGCCAGCACUCCAUCUCCCAUCGCCCACCGCUGCCCAAAUCCUCCCUCCAUGGUCCAGGUCCAGGAGUCCCUUUUCAUCGUGCCACCAGGACCCUCCAUGAUGUAUCUGCUGCUCUUCAAAAACAAGGACGUCUCCAUUGGGCCGAAUGAUACGUUGAGCAUCCAACAUGAUGCAGGACCAGGCGCCUUCCUCCUUUGCCACCGGAACCGGGUGCCAUCUUCGCCAACGAGUUACUUUUCCUGGAACUCCUCUGCUUGGGAGAUGGAUUUCCACCCGUCCUUCCAUGCUUCCAAGUGGCACAACGACUCCGAGUGCGAAUUCCGGCUCCUCUGCACCACGGAAGAGACUUCGCCCAUCAUUCGUAAGCAGAACUUCGGCAUCCCGUCACCAGGCUUUUACACCCUGCGGGCCACCAUAAGUAACACUGUCUUUGCGACCAAUGUAUCCUGCGAUUUUGGGGUUGAGUCGCCAAUCUCCGGCUUGCGGGUUGUCUCCCCACCUGAACAAGGUGGCAUCGUUUAUGUAGAGGCCAACCACACGUUUCUAGUGGUCAAAAUCUCCUCCGGUGGAGCAAACACCACCGUUGGUUGGAUCGGCGGCAAUCGCAGCACCCUUUUUGAGAAGACCUGCCCAGUGUCGGUGGUCAAAUGUGGCCCCAAGACGGACGACACGUGGUUUGCGGUUGUUUCCUUGGAGGGCAUCGUGGAGAACGGGACCACUGUUGUCCUACAAGCAGAGAACACUGUCAGCACCCAGAACCUCACCGUGGUGGUUAAGGCCGAGGAGGGCAUCCGGGGUCUGCGCGCCACGCCGGACCCUGAGUCCAGGAUCCUGCUCAACAGCCGCGUGACGUAUGUCCCCAGGAUGGACGCUGGAUCCGAGGUGACCUUUCGGUGGACGGUGGACGACAAGCCCUCCUUCACCUUCUACAACGAAGUCUUCCACGUCAUCUACCAGGUGCCGGCUAUCUACAAGCUGUCGCUCACGGCCUCCAACCAUGUCAGCAACGUCACGGUGGACUACAACAUCACGGUGGAGAAGAUGAACCGGAUGAAGGACCUCCUGGUUUCCGAGGUGCCCCAACGCGCCCCGCAGAACGGCACUUUGGACCUGGCCGCCUCCGUCCGAGUGGACUCCGCCGUGAAGGCCACCUUCCUGUGGGAUUUCGGUGAUGGCAACAAUGCUUCUUACCAAUUUCGGCCCCCAUAUAAUGACUCCUUCCUUGUUCCCGAUCCCACCAUCCAUCAGGUUGUCAUUGCGCAUAAUGUGUCGCAUGCCUACCAGGAGCCAGGUGAAUAUACGCUGACCGUUGUUGUCUACAAUGAAUUUGAGAACCUGACCUAUUCGGUCCCGAUCCACAUUUACUCAUAUUUGAUGGAUCUGACCAUGGAAGCCGACACGGAUGUUUUAGUGGCAGGCCGUCCGGUCACUUUCAAGGCUCAUCCUUUGCCAUCUGGAUUUGGGGUCUCUUACGUCUGGAGUUUUGGAGAUGACUCUAUGGAAUAUGUGGAAAGCCAGCCAACUAUAGUCCAUACCUACAACACCAAAGGGAUAUACAAUGUCAGUCUCAGAGCCAACAACACCAUUAGCACCAUGGAGACGUUCUGGUGUUACCGUGUCUUUGAGGAGAUAACGGGAUUGCAUGUGACUAUGGAGGAGGCGAUAGAGGUCUUGAUGCCGCUUGAAAUCAGUGCUUCGUCGGAAACUGGAGACAACAUCACUUGGAUAUUCGAUCUGGGCGAUGGGACGGUUGUGGAGACCUCAGGGGCGUCAGUAAACCACAGCUAUUUGAAAGAGAUGAACGUCACCGUCAACGUAACGGCCAUGAAUCCGGUAAACUCAGUUUCCCGAGCUGUGCCCAUCCAGGUGUUUUUGCUGAUGGUCCUCAAAUUCGAGCCUUCUGCUUGUAUCGUGGAGCACCCUGACGUCCAGCUCACCGCCUACGUCUCCGGCAACCCCGAGGACUACGUUUUCGACUGGAUGUUCGGGGACGGCUCUCCCAACGUCACCGUCUACGGCGAUCCAACGGUGAGGCACAACUUCACCCGCUGCGGCAUCUUCUCCCUCUCGCUGGCCAUCUCCAGCAAGGUCGACAAGAUCCAUUAUUACACGGUGGUCUGUGUGGAGCCAGAGGUCACCAAUGUCACGGUGUUCGCCAGGUCUUCGUUUGUGAUGCUCGGCAACGAGAGCAAAUUCCAAGUCACGGCCUUGCCUCCGUACCCUUACCGUUACCACUGGGACUUUGGGACCAAUGACUCUCUUAAGUUUGGAGGGACGGAAGUGAGCUACACAUACAAAGCCCCGGGCAUCUACUUAGUUGUGGUGACCGUCUCCAACAAUGUGUCUUUCAACAACGACUCAGCCUUGGUGGAAGUCCAGGAGCCGGUUGGAGUGGCCCGGAUUGAGUCCAACGCCUCCAAAGUCUUGGAAGUCAACCAGGUCUACCUGUUCUCGGCCAACGUGAGCGGGACCAAAGUCAGGUAUCUGUGGGACUUCGGGGACGGCACAACUCAGCUGGGGAAGUUCAUCACCCAUUCCUACAAUAAGAGCGGCAUCUAUGCAGUUAGUUUGAAAGCCUGGAACGAGGUGAGCUUCCGUGAGGCGAGGGUCAAUGUUACAGUCAAGAGGCGCCUCCAGGGCCUGAGCAUCAACGCCAGUCGGACUGUCGUGCCUCUCAACGGCUCCGUCAGCUUCACGGCCACGCUCCUUGCCGGCACCGCCAUCCGCUACUCUUGGAUCUUGUGCGACCGUUGCACUCCCAUCCUCGGUUCCUCCACCAUCUCUUACACCUUCCGUUCUAUCGGGACGUUCAACGUCAUCGUGACCGCCGAGAACGAGAUUGGCUGUUUGCAAGACAGCAUCUUCAUCUACGUCUUGCAGCAAAUCGAAGGGCUGCAGAUUGUGGGCGCUGGCCUCCUGGACGACACCUAUUUCCCCACCAACAAGACGCUUCAGCUGCAAGCGAACAUCAGAGACGGGACCAACAUCUCCUACAGUUGGGCCAUCGUGAAAGAGAGCCACUCUGUGCAAACGUUCACCGGGAAGACGUUCUCCUUGGUCAUUCUGGACGCUGGUGUCUACAUUGUCCACCUGAAAGCCACAAACAUGCUGGGCACUUUGGCCGUGAACAAGACAAUCGAGUUCAUUGAGCCAGUGGGCGUCUUGAAGCUGGUGGCCUUUCCCAACCCUGUUGCCGUGAAUGCUUCCAUCAACGUAAGUGCCGCCAUCUCCGCUGGGACCGGACUGGAAUAUACAUGGUACCUAGAAAAUGAGGUCCCCGUCACCACUGUUUUUUCAAGCAUCACACACUUCUUCCAAAGCCCUGGGGCCAAAGAGGUCACUGUUGAAGCAGAAAACAAGUUGGGUUCCACCAACGCCACGCUUAUGGUCUUCGUCCAGGAGCCAGUGACGGGCCUGCGGAUCAGGACCCUGAGGCCAAACUGCACUUACAUUGAGUCUGGCUCCGUGGUGAACUUCUCCGGAGAGCUUGAAAGCGGGUCUGACGUGUCCUGGGUGUGGAAGAUGCCCAAUGGGACCAUAUCCGGGCAAAGAGUGGCCCUGACAUUCCCGACGCCCGGGUUCUCCUCCGUUUGCCUCAACGCCUCCAACGACGUCAGCUGGGAAGGCGCCUGCCACAACCUGACGGUGCAGGACGCGAUCCGGGACCUGAGGCUGAGCGUGAGCAAAAGGGUGCUGGAACCCGGAGAGGAGGCCUCCUUCUCCAUCGGGAUGUCCUCCGGUUCCUCUGUGAGAUACGAAGUGAGCAUUGCCGGAAACCAGUCGAUGGUCCUCAACGCUUCCAACUUCAGCUACACCUUCACCCGAGUGGGAGAUUACGUGGUCCAAGUGACGGCUGAGAACUAUGUCAGCGUGGUCCACACAGAGGUCCAUAUCGUGGUGUUGGAGGCAGUCCGUGGCUUGCGGCUGGUGGACUGCUGCGAGCAAGGCACUCCCACCGGGGUGGAAAGGCGCUUCGCGGCGGAGGUCGAGGCCGGCUCGCGGGUGUCGUACCAAUGGCGCAUCACCUUGACGGAAGACGAAGGCCAUUCCCGAGUGGCCACCUUAGAAGGUCCCAGCAUCUCCUACAUGCCAGAGGUUGCCGGUCGACUUGACGUCCACCUCCAAGCUUCCAACCUCUUGGGUGGCCUGAACGUAACCGUCGUCAUCCAAGUCCAAGACCUCAUCACGCAGCUCUCCCUCCUGCCAGUCAAGCCCUUCGCCAAUCGUACGACAUCAUUCACCGUGUCUGUGAGGCCUAAUGCUCGGCAGGUUGGCUUCUUGUGGCGCUUUGGGGAUGACUCUCCGGUUCUCAGGACCGAUGUGGCUUCCGCCAGCCAUACUUACCUGCAACCUGGAGAUUACCUCGUGGAGGUGAACGCUACCAACCUCAUCAGCUCCUCCUUCGCCCAGCUGACAGUCACGGUCCGAGUCCUGGAGUGCGAGGAGCCCGAAGCCGAGCUGGCGUUACCCGCGCAGGUGGUCAUGAAGCGGUCACAGAAGAACUACCUGGAGGCCCAGAUCAACCUGCGCGGCUGCACCAGCUACAAGACGGCCUACCUGUGGGAGAUCUACCGAGCCCCGAGCUGCCUGCAAAUGGGCAGCGCCGACAAGGUCCACCUCCCCCACGUGGAUGCUACCCGGCCCCAGCUGGUCAUUCCCAAACUGGCCCUGGACUUGGGCAACUACUGCUUCAAGUUCUUGGUCUCGUUUGGGGACACGCCGCUGUCCAAGAGCACCUUCGCCAACGUGACCGUCCUGCCCAACAAGCUGGUGCCCAUCAUCGAGGGGGGCUCUUACCGCGUGUGGUCCAUCACCCGGGACUUGGUCCUGGAUGGAGGCAAGUCCUACGACCCCAACUUGGAGGACGGGGAACAGACGCCGCUGCUGUACAGCUGGUCCUGCGUGUCUUCCUCCAAAAGCCCGUCGUCCAAAUGUGCGCUCGACUUCAGCGCCAGGGGAGGCGUGGUGACCGUUUCCAGAGCCAUAUUGGAAGCAGAUGUGGAGUAUACCUUCGCCCUGUCCGUCUGGAAGGAGGCAAUGAGCCCCGAAUCCACCAACCAAACGGUCUUCCUGAAGAGAGGCACCGUCCCCAUCGUGUCCUUGGAGUGUGUCUCCUGCAAAGCCCAAUCCGUCUACGCCGUCAGCCGCAGCUCCUACGUCUACUUGGAAGGCACCUGUCUCAAUUGCCAGAACAACUCCAAAAUGGGGAAGUGGGCGGCCCAGAGCUUCAAGAACAAGACGCUGCCCUUGGACCGGAGCACCACCUCCACGGGCGACGCGGGCAUGAACCUGGUGCUGCGUCCGUGGGCCCUCAAGGACGGCGAGGGCUACACCUUCACGCUGCGCAUCACCGACCUGGCCUCUGGCGAGACCGGCUUUGCCUCCAUGGACCUCCUCCCCAACCAGCCUCCCUUCGGAGGGUCCUGCUGGCUCUCCCCCAUGGGGCCCCUCCAGGCGCUGACCGCCAAGGUCCACUUCGAGUGCACAGGAUGGCGGGACACUGAGAAUGAAGGCACACCCUUGGUGUACGUCUUGCUGGCCACGCGAUGUCGAUCUGGACACUGCGAGGAGUUUUGGGUCUACAAAGGGAGCCAUGCUGAACAUGCUGCGUUCCUGCCGCCUGGCUUCCAGGAGAACGGCGCCUCGGUCUCCGUUUCCGUCUUGGUCCAGGACCAGCUUGGUGCCACUGUGGUGGCCUUCAACAGCUCCCUGGCCAUCACACUGCCCGUCGUUCCUGAGGGCUUUGGCAGCCUCCCGCAGUGGCUUUCUAACCAGACCAAGGUGGUCCUGCAGGGCCUGGUGAAGCAGGGGGACCCCCAGCAGGUCAUUGAGUUCACCUUGGCCCUCAUCACCAUCUUGAACGAGUAUGAGGGCUCCAUGCAUUCCCAACCAGAGAUUGAGGGUGACGACCGGCUCCGGGCCUGGAUGCGGAGGAACAUUACGGAGACGCUGGUCUCCUUGAAUGUCAACACAGUGGACGACAUCCAGCAAAUUGCCGCCGUCUUGGCCCAGUGCACGGUGGCCAACAAGGCCUUUGUGUGCCGGGACUGCCUGAAGAAGACCUUGGAGAAGCUGGAGAGCAUGAUGGACAUCCUUCAGGGAGAGACCAUGCAGGGCACCAUGACACCCACCGCCAUCGCCGACAACAUCCUCAACAUCAUGGGGGACCUGAUCCACCUGGUCAACACGGCCUCUCGGGAGCUGGUCCCUCAGGAGCUGGGCAGUGGCCAGAGCCCCGUGGAGGUGGCUUCCAAAGCCUACGCGCUUUCCUCCGACCUGAUGCGCAUCCUGAUGAGGUCCCGGGUGCUGAACGAGGAGCCUUUGGAGCUGGCCGGCACCAACAUCACGGCCACCGGGAAGCGGGCCGACCCGCUGGGGCUCCUGUGCUACGACCAGGACGACCCCGAGUGCCAGUUCUCCCUCCCGCCGGCUUUCAACACCACCUUCUCCGACCUCUCGGACGUGGUCCAGGUCAUGAUCCGCGUGGACUACAACCCCUUUCCCUUCGGCUUCGUGGCCAACCACAGCGUCUCCUCGGAAGUGGCCUCCUUGGAGUUCCAGAGCCACAACGGGACCGAGAUCCCGGUGGGCGCCUUGGAGCCGGAGAAGGCCAUCACCGUCAUGGUGGCCGACCCCCGGGAGAAGGACAUCACCGCCGGGACUGUCGUCAUCGAGGAAGCGGGUUCAGUGAGUGCGGCCCUGAGGGUCGAGAGCAGGGACCCCGAGGCCGGGCUCUACUUCCAAGUCACCUUCAGCGUCCUCAACGAUCGCUAUGUCUCCAGCGAGCAGCAGCCGUCCAUCGCCGUCUGCUUCUUCCCUGCGCCCGAGCCUGGCAUUGUGCCAAACUGCACCGACACCAAGGAGAUCUACCUGGAGGACAUGAACCGCAGGCCUGAAGGGGACCACCGGCAAUACACCUUCUUUGUCUCCCCCGUGACGGAAGAGGCCGAAAAGGAAUACUUCUUCAACAUCACCAACCACUUCCUGUGGUCCCCGGUGGAGGUGACCCUGGGUUUGUAUGGGUCGCUGUGCCAGUAUUUCAGCCCAGAGGAGAUCCGCUGGAAGACGGAGGGCCUGGCACCUCUGGAGGGGACCACCCCGGAAAGGGCUGUCUGCUUGACCCGCCACCUGACCGCUUUCGGGGCCAGCCUCUUCGUUCCCCCGCACUCCCUCCAGUUCCUCCGGCCGCCUCCCGGCCCCGGCUUCAACUACAUCGUCCUGCUGACGUGCGCUGUGUGUUUGGUGACCUACUUCGUGGCGGCCGUGAUUGUGCACAAGCUGGACCUGAUCGACAUCAACCGCGUCGGGGUCAUUCCUUUCUGCGGCAAGAACGGCCUCUACAAAUACGAGAUCCUGGUGAAAACCGGAUGGGGCAAGGGCUCAGGCACAACGGCCCACGUGGGCAUCACUCUCUAUGGGAUGGACAGCAAGUCUGGCCAUCGGCAUCUAGACGGGGAGAACGCCUUCCGCCGCAAUGGCCUCGACAUCUUCCAAGUGGCCACUGAACGCAGCCUGGGCAGCCUUUGGAAGAUCCGCAUCUGGCACGACAACAAAGGGCUCAACCCAUCCUGGUUCUUGAAAUACGUCAUCGUCAGAGACUUGCAGACCCUCAAGGCUUACCAUUUCCUGGUGGACGACUGGCUGUCGGUGGAGAGCGAGGAGAACGACGGCUUGGUGGAGAAGGAGGUCUUUGCGGCCAGUGAGACGGAGCUGCGGAGCGUCCUUCGGAUCUUCGUUGGGGAGCUGCAGCGGGGUUUCUUCGAGAAGCACGUCUGGCUGUCCCUGUGGGACCGUCCACCCCGCAGCCGCUUCACCCGGGUCCAGCGGGCCUCCUGCUGCUGCCUCCUCGUCUUCCUCUUCCUCUGUGCCAAUGCAGUCUGGUACGGUACCGUUGGAGAUGUCAACUUCAGCCACGUUCCCAUUUCCACCUUGGUCCCGGUCAGCGGCGAGACGGCAGUGGUGGGCUUGGUGUCCAGUUUGGUGGUCUACCCUCUGUACCUGGCCCUCCUCUUCCUCUUCCGGAUGGCACGCAGCAAGGUCUCCAUCAGCCAGUCACUGGUUCACUCCGACCAGCAGUCCUUAGAGAUUGACAACUACCUGGACUCCUCACUUCUGGAAAGUUCCUUCCUCACCUUUCCUGGCCUUCGGACAGAGGCCUUUUCGGAGCAAACCAAAACGGACCUGUUCCUGGAUGAUUCAAAAAGCCUGAUCCGUUGGCAGUCCAGCGAGGGGCUCCUCAACUGGCCGGAUCUGCUGAGCGACCCCUCCAUCAUGGGCAACACCAUCCAGAAGCUGAAGCGGGGCCGGACCAGCCGCCACCUGGGCCUGGAGGCUCCGCUGGCAGCCGAGGAGGACAGCGUCUCCCUGGGAGCCCCCCCAGCCCCCACCAGGCCCUUCUCCGCUUCAGAUGAGGACCUGAUCCGGCAAAUUCUCGCUGAUGGAGCCAGCGGUCUUCCUCUCCCACAGGACCCCAAGGUGGAAACAGACCUCAUCUCUGGGCUAUCCAACAUGCUUGGGGAGAAGACCGAGACGAUCCUGUUGCAAAGGCUGAAUGAAAAAGGGAUGGCUGUCUCCGGAAGGGAGCUCAACCGUUCGGCCAAAUCCACCCGAACAGUGGUGGACCAUGCGCUCCGCAAGCGCCUGCUGCCCUUCUGGUGCUCCCACUUGGCGCACGGCAUCUGCACGGCCCUCCUCCUCAUCUGCGCCGGGGUCUCCGUCUGGAUCGGGGGUCGCUUCCCCUCCAGCGUGGCUCUCAUGUGGCUCCUCUCAGGGAUCUUCAGCUUCCUCGCCUCCUUUUUGCUCUGGGAGCCCCUCAAGGUUCUGGCGGAGGCUCUGUAUUUCUCGCUGGUGGCCAAGCGCCUUCACCCCGAGGAGGACGACACCUUGGUGGAGUAUCCCUUCGUGGAGCACGUUUCGGAGAAGAUCGGCAAGGUCCGGCCGCCGCAGGGCUUUGCGCUCUUCCAGGCCAAGGAGGAGGCCAGGAAGGUCAAGCUCCUGCACAAUCUGCUCAAGAACUUCCUGGUCUACAUGCUUUUCCUGCUGGCGAUCCUCCUCACCAACUACGGCGAUGCCUCCCAACACAGACAGGCCUUCCUUCUGCAAAACUCCAUCAAACAGCAGCUGGAUGCUGAGCGGUUCCUGAGCAUUAAGAGGCCCGGUGAGUUCUGGGAGUGGAUGUCGCACAAGCUGCUGCCCUAUCUGCACAACGGCCACUCCACCCAGAGCACCACCCUCGGAGCCGCACGGCUGCGGCAGGUUCGUUUGCAAGAAGUGGACUGUCCAGCCUCUGUCCAGCGUGUCCUCGGUGGGGACGACGCCUCUGAUCCCAAAGAGAAAUGCGCUUCCAUCGCCCGUGGCUUUGAUACCACCAACUAUGCAGUGGGAUGGAAGAAGGGUAACCAUUCGGAGCCAUGGAAAUACUCUCCUCCUGAUAUUGCAGGAGGCUGGUAUUGGGGAUACCUUUCCUUCUACGACAGCGGAGGGUACGUCCAAGAGUUGGGGACGACAAUGGAGGAAAGCCGGGCCCGACUGCAGCGCCUCCGGCAAAACAACUGGAUCUCCAAUGUGAGCCGUGCAGUCUUUGUGGAGCUGACCCAGUUCAAUCCAGGCCUGGGGCUGCAUGCAGUGGUCACUCUGCGGCUGGAGUUCCCUAUGGCAGGACACGCAAUGCCGGCUGUGGCCGUGGCCCCCCUCCCGCUGCUCCCGCACAGCCGAGGCAUCACCACGCAGCUCCUCAUGAUGGUCAUCCUGAUGGCGGUGGUGGUCUACCUGGUGGUCUCGGAGUGCCUCUCCAUCAAGAAGCUGGGCAGGGCCUACUUUGGCUUCCUGGGCAGCUACGGCCAGUGGCUGCUCAUCCUGGCCACCGCCUCCGCCGUGGUGGUCCACCUCAGCCAGGCCUCUCUGGCCGACCGGCAGUGGACGCAGUACCUGAAGGACAAGGGGGCCUUCACCAGCUUCUACGAGGUGGCCUCCCUCCAGGACGCCUUUGCCUGCCUGGCCGCCGUGCUUCUCUUCUUGCUGACGGUCAAGGUUUCCCAGCAGCUGCGCUUCAUCCGGCAAUGGUCCACCUUCGGCAAAACUUUGCAGCGGUCCAUGAAAGAGCUCUUUGCCGCUGUGGUGGUCUUCGCGAUCCUCACUGCGGCUUAUGCUCAGCUGGGCUUCCUGCUCUUCUCUUCACAAUCGGAGGCCUUCUGCAGCGUCUCCAGGUCCUUUCGGCUCCUUUUCGCCGCCCUCCGGAGCAGCACCCCGAUGCGCCUUGAUCUUCCGGGGCCCCCAGGCCUUUCCCACCUCUUUUACGCCACUUUCCUGGUCCUGGAGCUGUGGGUGGUGGGCCGUCUCUUUGCCGCCGUCCUGAUCCACCAUUACCGCCAGACCCGCUUUGAGAUGUACCGCCCGGCCUUCGAGUCCCAGGACUACGAAAUGGUGGAGCUCUUCGUCCGGCGGCUCAAGAUGUGGAUGGGGUUCAGCAAAGCCAAGGAGUUCCGGCACAAGGUCCGCUUUGAGGGGAUGGAGCCGCUGCCCUCGCCCUCCUCCAGCCAAGACUCGCGCUCCCUGCUGGUGCCCACGCCCAGCGCCACGUCGGACACUUCCCGGGCCUCCUCCUCCUCCUCCUCGGUCCAGCUGGACGGCCUCAGCCUGGCGCCCGGUCCCCGCGGCAGCUGCGAAGUGGACGCCGAAGUCCAGCGUUUGCUCGCCCUCCUGGAGACGCUCUUGGGCCGCUUCGACCGGGUCAACGCCGCCACCGAGGAGGUCGCCCGCCUGGAGUCGCAGCUGGGAUGGACACGGAGCUGGCAGGCCAAACGGAAGGGGAGACGGAAGGCUGAACGAGUGCCGAAAAGCCUCUCCGCAGAAACGGCAUCCCGCUUCCUUCCAAUGCACUCGCAGCCUCUCCGUGGAAAUGCAUCCCCGCUUCCCUCGAACGGCAUCAAUUUCCCGGCCGCUCCUCACCCAACUGCUGCCCCUGCGCCUCUCAGGAUUGUCCGAAGUGACCAAGGCCUCUUGCUGGCUCCAUGCAAGACCCAGACGUUGCUCGUGCCGGCGGUCAGGAGAAAGAAGCCUCUGGGUGCCAAAAACCGGGUGCACCCCGCCGGCAAAUAGAACAUACCGUGUUUGGGAAUAUCGUGUCCCAUUCUGGGCACCACACUUUAAGAGAGAUAUUGACUCUUAAGCUGGAAAGUGUCCAGAGGAGGGUGACUAAAAGGAUCCAUGAAUAAUCCCUGUGAGGAGCGGCUUAAAGAGCUGGGUCUGAAGAGAAGGUUGAGAGGAGACAUGAAAGGAUGUCACAAGGAAGAGGGAGAAGGCUUGUUUUCUGCUGCCGUGGAAACUAGGAUCCACAGCAGUGAAUUCAAAUGGCACGAAAGGAUAUUCCACGUGAGCUUCUUGGCCAUAAGAGCUGUUCAACAGUGGAACUCUCUGCCUGAGGUUUUGAAGUUGUGCCUGGAUGGCCACCUGUUGAGGGGGCUUUGAUUGUGCUUUUCCUGCAUGGAAGAAGGGGGCUAGACUAGAUGGCUCAUGCGGUCUCUUCCAACUCUGUGAUUCUUGGUUGGAAAAACAAAGGAAUGGAAAAGGCGAGGCUUUGUAAUUUUGCAGGAACGUGGCCUUCUGUUUGCUCUCUGCCGGAUGUGCGGAGCUGGCCGAAUAUCGGGGCCCUGAAGCCAGGAGCAGUAUUAUUAUUAUUAUUAUUUAGUGGUUUCAAGAAAGCAAGAGCAAUCUCAUCUGCAUCUUUGUAGUGAAAUUAAAAGGGAAGAGUAAUGGAACAAAAGGCAGAAGGCAACUUGUUGAGUUUCUCGGAAACUGCUACGAAGCGAUGGGUCAAAGAAAAGCCUAAAUUGGUCCGAAGGAUUAGAAGAGGGCAUUAUUCUCGGCCUCUGUUUGGUCACAUUUGUGAUUUCCAGAAGAAGUUAUAGGUUUCCGUCGGACGGAGGAAGUAUUCCGGAGACAGGGUCCUCUGGCCGUUUUGCUUCCGGUCGCAUAAUAAUCUAUUUGAAAGAAAUCGCCAAAGUACUAUCGGCAGCCGAAAAAUUAAAAGGGUCCCAGCGUAUGUUAUUUUGGAAAGAGCUGAGGGUUGAGGGCUUGGAAAAAGGGGACCCAUGAGCUGGUUUUGUGGGUUUCAACUUCCAAUGCUUUCCGUCCCUUUGCUGGAAACCGUUUGUGUGUGUUGCUCGAUAAGAGUCGGAGGAGUACGAUUUUGAGUAUAUUUUAUUUUAUCAUGUGGGAGUGUGUUUGCGCACAUAGGUAUGUAUUUUAUAUAUAUAUAUAUAUAUUUGGUUUACGGUUUGUAUUUACUGCCCCAGCACUUUAAUCAUCAUUGCUUGCCUUAGCUAACAGUGACACGUGCGGCGUUUUUAAAAUAAGAGCAGGAUAAUAAUAAUAAUAAUAAUAUAUCAUGGAAGCAGUAUUUUUUGUUGUUGUUGUUAUGUAAAUCGUAAUGUGAAACGGGCAACAGGAAUACGAUUGCGGAUAUUACCCCCGCGCAUUUGCAAAAAGGAAGAGAAAAUAUACUAGGAAAUGCAUUCUUCUUUCGAAGCUGAGACGAGAAAUGCUGAAAAGGAUACCUCUUGUUUGGUUUUGGGCUUCAGCAAGCAAUGGGUCAUGUCAUCGUGCCCAAAAUCGCAUUGCAAGUGAUGCUUGUGGAAUUGAUUCUCUUUUUUUCUAUGACUCUUUACCCAGGUUAUUUUGUAAGACGUUGCUUUAUUAUUAUUAUUAUUAUUAUUAUUAUUAUUAUUAUUAUUACUAGUUGUGCCCGGCCACGCAUUGCUGUGGCAAAGUAUGGUGGUAUGGGAAAUAGUCAAGAUAAUCCAGUUCAAAGCAGAUAAAAUAAGAUUCUAAAUGGGUUAUAUAGCUGUGUGGAAGGGCCUUGAGUCUACACUGCCAUAUAAUCCAGUUCAAAUCAGAUAAUCUGUAUUUUAUAGGCAGUGUGGAAGAGGCCUAAGUGAGGCCUAACUGUGCCUAUCCCCUGGGCUGAGUGGGUUGCUAGGAGACCAAGUGGGCAGAGAUUAGCCUUCUAACUGGCAGAAAUUGGAUAAAAAGCAAUUAUUCCUCUCCCUCUAAUUAGGACUUUAUUUUUCUUUUCUUUUUGUUGUAUGAACGUAGAGGCAUGGAUGAGGGGUUGUGCUGCCAAGUUUAGUGUUUCUGGGAUGUGUAGUUUUGUUGUUUUGUCCUAGGCCAAAAUUUCAUUAUCCUUUUAUAUAUAUAGAUUAAUAAUAAUAAUAAUAAUAAUAAUAAUAAUAAUAUUUUGUAAAAUUACCAUUGAUGAAAGGUCCCAUCAUUACAACAAAUGUAUUAUUAUUAAUAAUAAUAGUACAGUAGAGUCUCACUUAUCCAACAUAAACAGGCUGGCAGAACGUUGGAUAAGCGAAUAUGUUGGAUAAUAAGGAGAGAUUAAGGAAAAGCCUAUUAAACAUCAAAUUAGGUUAUGAUUUUACAAAUUAAGCACCAAAACAUCAUGUUAUACAACAAAUUUGACAGAAAAAGUAGUUCAAUACGCAGUAAUGCUGUGUAGUAAUUACUGUAUUUACAAAUUUAGCUCCAAAAUAUCACGAUGUAUUGAAAACAUUGACUACAAAAAUGUGUUGGAUAAUCAAGAAUGUUGGAUAAGUGAGACUCUACUGUAGUAGUAUAUCAGUAAUAAUAGUAUUUAUACCCUGCUUUUUCUCUGCCAAAGGAGACUCGAAGCGGCUAACAUUAAAACCAUAACUAUGUGUGAACUAAAACCUAGGACAUAUAAAUACUGAAAUUAAACAUGGAAAUACAGUAGAGUCUCACUUAUCCAAGCUAAACGGGCCGGCAGAAGCUUGGAUAAGCGAAUAUCUUGGAUAAUAAGGAGGGAUUAAGGAAAAGCCUAUUAAACAUCAAGUUAGGUUAUGAUUUUACAAAUUAAGCACCAAAACUUCAUGUUAUACAACAAAUUUAACAGAAAAAGUAGUUGAAUAUGCAGUAAUGUUAUGUUGUAAUUACUGUAUUUACAAAUUUAGCACCAAAAUAUCACGAUGUAUUGAAAACAUUGACUACAAAAAUGUGUUGGAUAAUCAAGAAUGUUGGAUAGGUGAGUGUUGGAUAAGUGAGACUCUACUGUAGUAGUAUAUCAAUAAUAAUGGUAUUUAUACCCUGCUUUUUCUCUGCCAAAGGAGACUCAAAGCGGCUAACAUUAAAACCAUAACUAUGUGUGAACUAAAACCUAGGACAUAUAAACACUGAAAUUAAACAUGGAAAUAUUAAAAAUAAAUAGCAAGACCUAAUAAAACCAUCAAGCUAAUGAGCAAAUCCCCAUCUUGCCUCUAAAUGGACAAAUAUUUUUCCUUGGGUGGCCUAAUUAAUUUCUCCAUUGAGUCCCAAAUCCUCACCAGCUUUUCUCGCAGUCUUUUGCUUCCCUUUUCGGUUCUCUUCCUUUCUGAAAUGUGUUUGUAAACUUCAAAAUAUCCCAAUUUGUGUGCAUCUAGUCGCCACUUGGCAACCGGUUAUAGCCCCCGGAGGGUCUCACCGGAUUAAAAUAGUCAAUUUGACUCACCUUUUCCCCCAAUUAUUGCCUUCAAACUGCUGCGGGACGGUGGUCUGUCCUUACAAACCUCUGGCAGGUCCCCCUUUCUUUCUAUCCGUUUUCGUAUUUCAUGCUGCCGGUUUCACCUUGUCGCAGGUAAUUUAUACGGGAUUUUUACAAGGAGAAAAAGAAUAAGAAAAUGUUGUUUAAAAAUGUAUAUUUUUGUAUGUUUGCUAUAUUUUUAUAGCGUUGGUACUGUGCUUCGUAACGAGUUAUUUAAAAAAAAUACAAAAAAUGGUACGUUUCCCGAAAAGGCAAAAAGGGUUGGAGAGGAUCUAUGGGUGAAUUUGUGUCGAAAGGAGAGUAUUGUGUGCCUUUGGAUGUGUUUUACGGUCUGUGUUUCUUCUUGGGGGCUGGCCCUCUGUGCUGAUGAGUUAAUUCGGGAGCCGGGCCUUGAAUCCUUUUCUUUUUUUCCUUUGCAAAGUUGGAAAAACAGCAAAGGAUCCGAGUCCUGAAUCCCGACUCCCAACUUGGGUCUUCUUCCCAAAAGCAAAAGCAGGAUUGUAUUUCCUAAUCGCAUUUAGCUAUGCCUCUUUUCUAUAUGUAAUAACACUUGGUUAUUUAUAAGGGUGCUAACUGUUUUUGAACAAAAAAACCUCUUUUAUAUCUAUAUCUAAUAGUCCAAGCUGCUUCGAUCAUCAGGUACGAAAGAAGAUAAUGCACUUGUUUCAUUCUUAGUUCGGAAGGAGAAAAAAGAGGAGGUUUGAGGGCAUUUGCAAAGGGACGGACUUUUUGCGACCGUUAUGAGCAUUUCGCUUUCCGGUUUUGAGAAAGAAAGAAACCAAGGAAAGCCUUUUUAAAAGAUAAAUAAGUGUUUUGUGUAAAGGGCAAGUCGCUGGUGGAAGGGAGAGAAAGCCGAAACAAAGGGUGUGAGUCAACGUUGUGAUGCAGCGGCUCAAAAGGCCAAUGCGAUUGUAGGCUGCAUCAAUAUGAGGAUAGGGUCAGGAUUGAGGAAUGGAAUGAGUUCAGUUCUAGGCAAGGCAAUUCAAGGAGCUAUACAAGAUGGAAGGGGUCCAAAAUGGCCAAAUGUCUGGAAACUACGAAUCCCGAUGGCUCAGGUGAGAUGUUUAGCUUGGAGAAGGAUUAGAAAGGCUUGGAAGCUAUGUUAAAUAAUAAUGGAAAAAAAUGAGAAGGGGCAAGCUUGUUUUCUGCUGCUCCAGAGACUAUGAUGCAAUGGAUUCAAAUGAGGGUUUUCCAAGCAGAGGCUGGAUGGCCGUCUGUCGGGAGGGAUCGGAUUGUGUUUUCCUUCCUGGCAGAAACUAGUUAGACUGGAUGGCCUUUGAAAUCUCUUCCAAUUCCAGGAGACUACAAGUCUGUAAAAUAGGUUGGAUGGCCAUCUGCUGGGAAGGCUUAGAUGGCGUCUUCCUACCUGGCAGAAUGCAGGUGGACUGAAUGGCCUUUGGAGUCUCUUCCAAUUCCAGGAGAUCUCAUGUCUGUAAAACAGGUUGGAUGGCCAUCUGUUGAGAGGGCUCGGAUUGUGACUUCCUUUAUGGCAGAAACUAGUUAGACUGGAUGGCCUUUGGAAUCUCUUCCAAUUCCAGGAGACUACAGGUUUAUAAAAUAGGUUGGAUGGCCAUCUGCUGGGAAGGCUUAGAUGGUGUCUUCCUACCUGGCAGAAUGCAGGUGGACUGAAUGGCCUUUGGAGUCUCAUGUCUGUAAAACAGGUUGGAUGGCCAUCUGUUGAGAGGGCUCUGAUUGUGACUUCCUUUAUGGCAGAAACUAGUUAGACUGGAUGGCCUUUGGGGGGUCCUUUCCAACUCUAAUGGAACCCAAGACUGCCUCAUCAUCUCUCCUUCUCUGGAAGUUUCUAAAUGGGGGUUGGAUGGUAAUCUGUUAGGAGGGCUUAGAUUGUGCCUUCCUGCCUGGCAGAAGGGGUUGGACUGGAUGGCCUUUGGGGGUCCCCUCCAACUCUAGGCAGAAAUUGACAACGCAAAGGGGGAAGGCUUUUGCACUUGUUUGCUCGUAUUAAAAGUUCUCAUGGCCCGUUUGUGUUUUGAAAUGUGGGUCUUUACAAGAAAUAGUGCCUCUUUCUCCCCAAUGAACCCCUCUUCCCUCCAGGAUCAACCUUUGAAUGUAUAUGUCGGCCUUCGAAGACGCAGGAACGCUCCUUAUUUAUUGACUCCCGCCAAGGCAGCCGCUCGCUUCUGGCCGAAACGAGAAGGAAAACAAACAAAACACCCCAAAGGAGCAAACACGCUUAACAAUGUUAAACCCUUUGCAAAACAUUACUUUUGUUGUUGUUCUUUUGUAACAGUGAGAAGGAAAAAAAACAAGCAAACACGACAAAGUCGAAUUAAAAGAAAUAAUGGACGGCUCAAUAAA